AUGCAAUCUCUGUGCAACAUGAAACUUGCUGUAAUUGCUAAAUUGGAACAUUCAUUGAACUCUGAUGAAGAAAUGGAAGAAGAGCGUGAACCAAGAGAAAUAUCUCCCAAUGCCUGUGUAAUUUUCAAAAACUUUCCCUUGCAUCCAAUAAAUUGCGUAUUUCAUCCAGUCUCCGAUACUCAUGCAUUCAGUUGUGGAAGUCCCGAAAAUUUCCACAUGAAUGAAAGAGAAAUCAGUUUGACUGCUCUGUUAAUGGGACAAUCCAACAAAAACUAUCAACCGGAUUAUGGAAUUCCAGAAGGAGCAAGAAGCAUUACAUUUGUUUAUGAUGGAUUUGAAUUCGGAAAGAGUUGUAUUGAUUUCACACCGAAAUUCCAGCCAAAAGAGGGAAGUCGUUUCAUGUAUCAGCUGAUGGCUACUCGGGUACAAAUGACGUAUUUUGAGAAAGAAGGAGUUCGUCGUCCGGCUGCAGUUACUUGGUAUUAUGGAAAUGGCUACCUUCACAAGCUUAUUGAAAAACUGGCUGAUUUGAAGAAUAUUAGUUCCUUCAUUGCAUUGAAGUAUGAAGAGGAUGAAAAUAUGAGAACAAUUUAUAAAAUAGUGAAAGAAAAAUUUCUGACUGAAGGGAAGGAAAGAGGAUUUGAUAGCGGAAAGGAGUUGAUACAAAGUGGAGAUUACAUUCCAACGGAAUAUUCUCAUCUAAAAUUAUUCAAACAACCAGACGGAAGAAAGAUUGUUUUGGCGUGUCAUCCCGAUAGUGUGGAGGAUCAAAAUUCAGUUUACUUGAAAGCUGAAGACCAAGAAAAGAAUUCGUAUGGAGAGAAUAUGUCCGGUACCUACCGGUUUUAUCUCUAA